CGUAUAUCGGCACAGGAGCAAGGAACAGCAAGCAACAACCCCACGAGUCCCCAACCGACGACGCCCCCGUCGUCCUUUCGCCUGGAAGCACACAAACAUGGCCUCGGAGCAGCGGCUCAGACUGUUCCUCGACACCCUGUCGCAGGUGCCGUCGCUGGCGCGGGUGGCGCUCCUGCACGUCCUGCGGCUGUCGCAGCAGUCAAAGUACCUGGACCUCCGGACCGAGCUCGUCGUGGCCGCGCUCCGGUCCUUCGUCAACAGCCCGCGGCCGCUGAGCAUCACGGCCACGCAGGCGCUGCUGGGGCGCGACCCGGGCGUCAAGGGGCGCAUAUGGGUCAGCCGGUACGCCAACCCGGUGCCGGCCGACGCCGCGAGCGUCCGGGACGCGCUGCUCGCCGCCAUCGACGGGCUGGCCGCCGACAUGCACUGCAAGACUGAGACCGAGACCGGAUCCUCACACUCCACACCCUCCUCCUCCUCGAUGAAGAAUAGCGAGGCAGCACAACCACCCGCCUCAUCGCUCCUGUCCCAAACCCCCGAGGUCGUGUCGGUCGAGGCCGAGUGGACGGGCUACCGGGCGUCAGCGACGCCGCAGUCGCCGCUGCCGGGCGGCUCGGAGCGGGAGCGGUACGACGAGAUGAUGAAGGCGUGCGGCGGCGGCGGCGGCGGCGAGGGCGGCACCGAGACGAAGACGACGUCGACAACGACCAUCAUGUAUAUGCACGGCGGCGCCUAUUGGCUCAUGGACCCGGCCACGCACCGGCCCGUUGUCAAGAGGCUGGCCAAGCUGACGGGGGGCCGCUGCUACUCGGUGCGGUACCGGCUCGCGCCGCAGCACCCGUUCCCCGCCGCCAUCCUCGACGGCCUGGUGGCCUACCUCACGCUGCUCUACCCGCCGCCCGACGCGUUCCACGAGGCCGUGAGCCCCAAGCACAUUGUGUUUUCUGGUGACAGUGCGGGCGGAAACCUGUGCCUCGCGUUGGUACAGACAAUCCUAGAACUCAACCGACAAAAGCGCCGGGUCUCAUGGUUCGGCGAGGAGCGCGACCUGCCCCUGCCCGCAGGCGUGGCCGUCUCCUCACCGUGGCUGGACAUGACGCUCAGCUCGCCGUCGUGGCGCACAAACGUCCAGUGGGACUACCUACCCCCCGGCGGGCGGGACCACAUGGACUCGCCGAACCGGCCCCCUUGCGCCGCGUGGCCGGCCUCCCCUCCCCGCAGGAGCGUAUACAUCGACGACUCCCUGGUGCUGCACCCGCUCGCGACGCUGCUGGCGGCGCGCGACUGGGCCGGCGCCCCGCCGACCUACAUCUGUACCGGCUGGGAGCUGCUGGCGGACGAGGACAAGGCCAUGGCGGGCCGGCUAGCGGGCGCGGGCGUGCGCGUCGUGCUCGAGGAGUACGAGGCCAUGCCGCACUGCUUCGCGCUCGUGUUCCGGGGCCGCCUCGCGGCCUCGGACAGGUGCUUCGACGCCUGGGCCGGGUUCGUGAGGGAGGUGGUGGCGGGGCCGGGGGCCGGGAGGGACGGGCCGUCGACUUUUACGACUAUACGGGCCAGGACGCUCGACGAGGUGCCGCUGGCGCCCGAGGAGCUGAGGCCGCGGUCUGAGGAGGAGAUGAGGGAGGAGCUGGGGAGGAGGUAUAGGCACCUGAUGCAGGGGGGUGUGGGUGUUGGUGCGGCGUUGCCGGCGGGGGCGGCUGCUAAGCUGUAA